AUGGCGACACAAAAUAAGCAUAUGAUAUGCAAGAAUGUUGACGACGUGUUUGCGGAGGACGAAGAAGUUCGAUUCCCAAUUAUGGUUCAGCCCACUCUCGUCGGUUACAAGGCAUGCCUGGUAAAAGAGGGAGUGGAAAAGUUAGUGACAUCAAGAAUUGAAGAAUUAGAAGAACGGAUGUUGGCCAAACUUGAUGAAUUGGACGAGAAGAUUUUGCAAGAAACUUGUGACGGUGUCGUGUACCUCGGGCAAUGCUAUAUAGCUUCAUUACACACUGCACAAGAUGUCAACUACGACAAAGCUGUUGCAAUGUGUACAAAAAUGUCGGCAAAACCAGCAGACAUCAUCGAUUAUCCACAUUAUGAUAUGAUUUUCAAAUAUAUUCGAACACUGAUGUCUUCUUCACUCGUAGAAGUCAUGUUGGCAAUGACAUUUAACCACUCGACGAAAAGAGUUUUACUGUCAAAUGGUAACACUGCUCCAUACACUAAUUAUUACUCGGGAUAUCCUCGCUCUACGACAUCUCACACUCAAAUGGGGAUAAUCGUGAGGAAUCCAUCGUCUGGUGACCAAGGAAUGUACAACUACCCACGAUUGUAUGAUAGACACGGAGUCUUGUGCCGGAAGGAACUAUUUUCAUCAAAUUAAGAUUCUUUCUAAAUGAGUUCAUAAACAGAUUCUGAGACUAUGUAACACCUUUAUGAGAAAGCAAUAAUCUCGACUAACAAUUCGCCCUCAAUCUGACUGUCAUUUCAGUUCAUUUUAAUCAUUUGUCUAAACUUUUACAUUUAAUAUUCAAAUUUAUUUUCAUUACUUACAAGGCGGUUAAGCUGUUUGUUCAUAACUUUCUUGUACAAAGAUAUCGCUCCCAUGCGGAGCCGGAUUUAGACGUUGUGAAAGCCCAGGCUAUAUCACUCGUGAGGCCCUCUUUAAUAUUGACGGCAUAACAUCAACGGGACGUCAAGCUCAUUAAAAAUAAAAAUAUUCGUUAGAUUUGAUCUUGCUCGCCUUAUUUUGGAUAUUUACAAUUCGUUAUUUUGGAUAUUUACUCUCCAUUCACAUAUUUUCAACCGUUGUUUUCAAAUAAAACAUA